UUUGCGGUACAUGAUGACCUCCGCCUUUUCUGUAAGUUGAGUAGGGAAUUUUGAACAUUUCUAUUUCACUGUUAUGACCCGCAACGUAUUAAUUUGAACCUCAUAUAUGUUUAGGAAAAGGUCAUGAAGUUUGCUCAAGACUCCCAUGAUGGUGUUAAGAAGACUGCCGUUGAUCGCAUCCGGUUGCUUGAUUGGAUGACGAAGGAGAGGGAGAAGAUUGCGGGUGCAUCUAUUAAAAAUAUAGAACCCAAUCAUACCCAUGAAGGGACUGUGUUUUCACGAAUAUCUGAGGUACAAGUUCAAUGAGAGUGACAUAUGAAAGUGGCAAAUUCUCAUGGUUGUCACCCAGGCGGUAUCAAACUUAUUUAAGUUAAUCUUUCGUACUCAUUUUUAUUGAACAAUUGUUUAUCCCAGUACUUGAGCAGCUAGGACCCUACACAAACCAUUGGUGGUGUCUUGUUAUAUCCACCGACCCUCCAACCGUAUACGUCAUUGACUCUUUGAUCUCAAAUCCAGUGGAGGAGCGUCAUACUGUAAUUGAUAAACUUGUAACUUAUUGACGCUUGUAAUUAGUAAUAUCUGAUUAUACAUCUUUUGUUUAAUGCUAGGAACUUUUUAUGAUGUGUCCCUUCUUUUGUUUAUCCAGCUAAUAGGGGUUGACAAACUGUUAUUUUAUGGGGAGGAUGAUGACAGUUGGGGGCAGCUCCUUACAUGGCGACGGACGCGGAUAGAUAUAGAAAUCCAGGAAGACAACCACAGUUGCGGUGUCCGGAUGCUGCUAUCCAUUAAGGAGUUUGCUGAAGGAUAUGAGGGGCUCCGUAUACCAGACAUUGAAGUAGCGCGUCGGUUGUUGCUGACCCAGGACAUUUUAAGUCCUUAUAACCUUGAACUUCAUCGUGUAAAAGUUAUGGUGAACGGGACAACGCAGUCUCAAAAUAUCUGAAAACUUUUUGUGCCCUUUAGUCUUAGUGAUAUGGAUUCGGAUUCUUGUUGGGAUGUUUAGAUGUGGUCCAAAUGGCCCAAAUAGUUAAGGUGGAUUAAGUUGGGGUUUAUUAAACAAGUUAGUUUUCAUGGUAGUUGGAUUCAAAUGUAAUAGUUCUGAUUUGUUAUCCUAAA